UAAAUGAGUGACUUUAAAUGCCAACAUGCUGGAUGCACUGAGAAGCCUUUUUUCUAUGUUGAAGACGAAAGAUUGUACAUGUGUUCACACCACAAAGAUAUCAAAUAUUUUGGACAUAAAGUAGAGGACCUAAUCAGCCCUGAUACAGUUAUUAAUCAGAUAUCUAAAGUUGAAUCUCAGUUACUAAAUUUUAACAAGAUUACUAUGAAGCUUAACAAUGGAAUUAUGCCUGAAGAGAGUGAGUAUUUGAGUAGCACAGUAAAGAAAGAGCUUGAAGAUAUUAGAGAGAAGCUCAAUAUCGCGAAGGAUGAAAAAAAAUAUUUUGAAUAUGCUUCCUUACUUGAAGAGGCAGAUGACAUAGAAAUGACGUUGACAGAAGAGGAACUUUACUCUGAUGCUAUCAAAGCUUGAGUUGCAUUUUCUCUAGCAAGUCCUGAGGAUUUCAUAAGUUCCGAAACAAUGGAGGAGGAUACAGAACAAAUUAAAGCUCAAUACUCCAAGGUUUUUAAGAUGCCUAGCUGCCAAGGAAAAGCCAUUGCGGAAGAUUUCGAGAAGGAAAUCAACCAUCUUUCAUCUUUAUUCGAAAUGGAGCAAACUAGGACAAAUGAUCUUCAAAAUGACAAGGCUCGACUGGAAAUUAAGAUUCAUGAUAUGGAAGAAAGCAAAGCCAAUCUUAUUCAGAGGCUCAAAGAAACAGCCUCCAAUCCUAACAAACUCCAAAUUAGACCAGAUAAUAUCAAGGAGGAGCUCAAGGAGGAGCUCAAACAAAAUGUAACAAAGACCAAGGAAGAAGCCAAGAAAGAAGCCAAGGAAGAAGCCAAGGAAGAAGCCAAGGAAGAAACCGAAGAAGAAACCAAAGAAGAAACCAAAGAAGAAACCAAGGAAAAUGCAACAGAAAGCAAGGAGAAGACAGAGGAAAGAACAUUUUAUCCACCCUCUCUAAGUUCAUCCCAUUCAAAAAGAGAUGGUUCACAAUAUGAUGAUGUCACUUAUACUAGUCUUUCUGAGAGUAAUAGUUGAGCAGCUUCGUCAAGAAGUUUUCAUCCUCCUAGUACAAAUGAGGGAGAAAAGAAAGAGAUAGUGGAUUCAGUAGACCAUUCAUCGUUAGAUAAGGAAGAGAAUAAAGAGACAGCAGAUCCAGUGGACCCUUCAGUACCAGAACAGGAAGAGAAUAAAGAGUUAGCAGAUUCAGUAAACCCUCCAGUGUCAGAACAAGAAGAAAAUAAAGAAUUAGCAGAUCCAGUGGAUCCUUCAGUAUCAGGACAAGAAGAGAAUAAAGAAUUAGCAGAUCCAGUGGAUUAUUCACUUUCAGAACAAGAAACGAUUGAGUUCUUGAAUUCAUUCAAAGGAAGAUUACCUGAUGAAGAUCAUCUUCGCUUUUCUAAGCUUCCUACAGAGAGCAAAGAAUUUUGAGCUUUCCUGAUAUCUCAUUUUCCUAGACUUGUGAAGAAACUUGAUUUCAACUGGGAGUCUGAGUUUAGUAGGAAUUUAGACAAUUAUAUUGAUGCUAUGGUGAUAGCAAGUUAUAAUGUGAAGUCUGACUUCUUCAUACAUAACUUUGAAGUAAACCCUCUCCGUAUUGUAACACUAAUGUCUGCUAUCAGAAAUAAAACAACAGCUGGAUUUAUCGAUUGCAAGCUAAUAUUGGCUCAUAAAAUAAGCUUUUGUGGGUCUCUUAAAGGAAGCACAGUGAGAACACUGGAACUCAAAGGUUGUGGUCAUCCUUCAAAAGGUGACUGGGUUAACAACCCAGUGCACUUCGAAAACCUGAUCUCAAGUCUUGAAAGUGAACAAGACUUCAAGAAAAACUUGGAAGAGCUUCAAAUGGAAGGAAACAAUAUGAAGAAGGCUGAAGUUGAAGAAGUGCUUCUUAGAUAUGGCUUUAACGGAGUUAGAGUACUCGGAUGUGAAGAAUAGCCCAGAAAUGGAAGCUUCAAAAAGAUUUUAUGAGCUCUGCAUCAAUC